AUGAAUAGGGAGAACGAGGAUCUUUGUACUUGUUUGCAGCUGCGUCUGAAGGCAAAGUCGGAUCAGAUGCUCAAUCUACAGAAGCAGAAUACUCUUUUGAGGCAAUCACUUAACUGUAGAAUCGCUGAAUUGAUGCAACGAAACGAAGCCGAAGAGGAGAACAAUCCAACAGAUGGCGAGCGAAGCGUCCAUGAAUUGGCGCGGGAGAAUGAGCUGUUGAAGAGUAGAGUGCGAUUUUUGGCGAAAUUGCUCAUAACUGAUGGACGUACCGAUAUCGGUAGCAAUCAGGUUGAGAAGUCGCUCUAUGACCGCGUCGUGUCCGAGCUCAGAACGCUCGAGGUCAUGAAAGCAGACCAGGAUACCGAGAUUUCCCGACUGACAGCCGACAUGGCGCGAUUACAGGAUACCAGCAACAUCUUUGGUCUUGAUAUCGGCGACAGUAUCGGUAAGAACAAUCGUGUUCCGGAGGCUGAGGAGACCAGAAGUCGUGAGAGUCGUAAACGAGGAGCUGGUAAACGGAGAUCUAAAACGAGAAGCCGACGCAGGCCGGGGAUCUCUGACUGCGUGCCACAGUGA